AUGGGUGGGCGUGGUGAGGACUCCAGCGUGAUUAUCACCCUCCCAGAAUACUCUGCUUUCAGUGACAUUCCAGAGGAAUCUUUAGCCAAAGUCUUAACAUACCUCACCCUCAUACCUCGAGCACGACAGCCAGGUGUAAAAUUCAUCAUCAUUUUAGACAGAAGACUGGAUACUUGGACCUCAAUCAAAACAGCACUUGCCAGAAUUGCGGCCUCCUUCCCUGGGAACCUCCACCUGGUGCUGGUGCUGAGACCCACCAGCUUCUUCCAGCGCACCGUCACAGACCUGGGCUUCCGCUUCAGCCAGGAGGACUUCAUGCUCAAGAUGCCAGUGGUGAUGCUGAGCUCUGUGACAGACCUACUGAGAUACAUUGAUGAGAACCAACUGACCUCAGAGUUUGGUGGAACCCUGGAUUACUGCCACAGUGACUGGAUCGUCCUGAGAACAGCCAUAGAGAGCUUUGCGGUGACCGUUAAGGACAUAGCUCAGAUGCUGCAGGCAUUUGGCACAGAGCUGGCAGAGACAGAGCUGCCAGAUGAGGGCACGGCCAUUGUACACCUCCUCUCAACCCACACUGACAAGUACAGGAAACUCAAGGAGGCGAUAUGGUCUGUAUCGAAGGAGGGUCGUCACCUGCUGGCUAGCCUGGAGGCCUCUGGGAGAGAGGAGGAUUCACUAUGGGAUGUCAGGCUGGACUGGGAGACUGUGCAGAGGCUACUAGCCCAGCUGAGGGACAUGGAGUCAGCCUUUGACGGCUUCUUUGAGAAGCAUCAUCUAAAGCUGCAACAGUACCUCCAGCUGCUCAGAUACGAACACAGCUUCCAGGAGAUGGAGUUGUCUCUAGAGCGUCUGGCGUCCCAGGAGAGAGAGGUGUCGUUGUCAGGGGAGACGCUGGCUCAAACAGAAAAGACACUCAGAGACCUGGACAACCUGGAGGCCCACGCACAGGAGGAGAUGGGCCGUGCUCAGACCAUCAUCCUCCACGGUCACCAGCUGGCAGCCUGUCACCACUUCGCCAUGGCCCUGAUCGUGCAGCGCUGCAAUGAGCUACGCCACCGCUGUGACAUGCUCAGUAAGGCUCUCAGGGCCAAACACACACAUCUCUCCCAGGUCUACCAACUGCUGCUACGUCUGGAUCAGGCCCAGAGUUGGUGUGAUGACGGGGCCUACUUGUUGGCCCAGCAGCUGGUGGAAAAGUUCCAGUCUAAGGAGGGGGCCCAGGCUGCUCUGAAGGACGUAGACAGAUUCCUGGAGGGGGCUCCGUCUCUCCUCAGCUCUGGACCUGACCUCCUGGCCAUGGAGUUUGAGUCUGUCCUCACCCCAGAGAUACAGGUCCAGAUAGGGAAGACAUUUGAGAAGCACACAGCAGUUCAGGAGAUGAUCCACAACAGACAGAUCUGUCUGAGGAAGCUAGCUGAUAAACACAUCCGUCCCAUCCAACUGGUGGCCCCCCGGCCGGAGAACCCACCCCGCUCCAAGUCCCCACUCUUCUCCCCCAAACAUGGGGUCGACAGUUUGAAGUUCUCCUUCGAUCUAUCACUUCCUGGGAAGAGGACAUCACGGAAAAGCCCCGGCUCCAGAAAGAUCGAGGUGAUGCAUGACUACCAGGAGAAUAGGAUCUCCCUGCUCUCCAGCCUGGAGGGAGAGGACAGCCCAGACCUUCUCAAACGUCACGUGAUGAGGGAGCUAAUCGAGACAGAGAGAGUCUAUGUGGAGGAGCUACUGUCAGUGCUGCUGGGCUAUAGGGCAGAGAUGGAGAACCCGGGCCUCGCAGGCCUCCUGCCCCCCAUCCUGCAAAGUAAGAAAGACGUCCUGUUUGGAAACAUGCCUGAGAUCUACAACUUCCACAGCAGUGUGUUCCUGCAGGACCUGGAGGGCUGCCUGGAGACCCCAGAGGGAGUAGGGGCCUGCUUUCUGGAGCGGAAGGAGAAUUUCCAGGUGUAUGAGUGCUACUGUCAGAAUAAGUCUCGCUCAGAGUCCCUAUGGAGGCAGUUCUCAGACUGUGCCUUUUUCCAGGAGUGUCAGAAGAAGCUGGAGCACAAACUGGGCCUGGACUCUUACCUGCUGAAACCAGUACAACGCCUUACCAAGUACCAGCUACUACUGAAGGAGCUACUGAAGUACAGUCCAGGAGGCUGUGAGGGGACCUCGGAGCUACAGGGGGCGCUAGCAGCCAUGCUGGACCUCCUCAAGUCAGUCAAUGACUCCAUGCAUCAGAUCGCCAUCACAGGCUACCAGGGAGAGUUGUCUGACCUGGGCCGGGUGCUGAUGCAGGGCUCCUUCAGUGUGUGGAUCAGCCAUAAGAAAGGCCCCACCCGUAUGAAGGAGCUGGCCCGCUUCAAGCCCAUGCAGAGACACCUGUUCCUGUAUGAGAGAGCCCUUCUCUUCUGUAAGCGCAGGGAGGAGCAUGGAGAGGGUGCAGACAAGACCCCCUCCUACAGCUUCAAGCACUGUCUCAAGAUGAGUGCGGUGGGGAUUACAGAGAACGUCAAGGGAGAUGUGAAGAAGUUUGAGAUCUGGUACAGUGGCAGGGAGGAGGUGUACUUAGUUCAGGCUCCCACAGUGGAGGUUAAGAUGGCUUGGCUCAAUGACCUGCGAAGGAUCCUCACCAACCAGCAGAAACUCCUCAAAGAUGAGCAUUGUGUCAACAACCAGAUUCCAGACCACAUCCAACUGUCUCCGCCCUUGUCUGAGAGCAAACAGCAGAGGGCGUCGGUCAGCUCAGAGGACACUGAGUCAGGGAGGAGCAGUCCAGAUCCCCAGUCCCACUCCUCACAACACCGGCGCAACCGACGCAGCUGGCCCGGCACACCUCACUCAGUAGACAUCAGUGAGGGUCUGGAGGAGUGGGAUGGAGGUCAGGACCCCUCUCACCCGUCAGACACCGAGGAGGAAGACGCUGCUCAGCUGGCUCCAGGCAGAUAUAAGGCCUUGGCUGAAUGUCCACGAUACAGCCCAUAUGACCUCACCAUCAAGAGCGGUGAUGUCAUCCAGCUGCAGCACGAGGACAGCGAAGGCCACUGGCUGGUGAAGAACCUGAGUCGCAGGCAGGAGGGCAUCAUCCCAGUAUCCAACCUGCACGUGAUUCUGGGAAACAGCAGUAGAGGACAGUCCACCAGACUAGGAGAUCCAGGGAAUCUGAAGGCCAGAAAGCUCAGCUCCCCUUAGAGGACAAAUGCUGCCUUCAAGUGCUCGUGGGAACUGGGAAAGUGGUUAGUCGAUACCUCUUAUUUCCCACUUCGGAGGAGCAUUUGUUGGAUCUUUGCAAAGACUGACAAGACGGACUGUUUUCCAAUAGACACUGUGAGGUCAUGACAAAUGGAAUAUCUUAAAAUCUGCUUCCUCAAAGUGCUCUGAUUGGCCAUGAUUAGAGAGAACUAGCCAAUUGAAGAAGGACAGGAGUUUUAAGUCUGGAUUAUUGAUUGACAUUUUUCUGGGCCAGUAACAUGAGGACCUGCUUUUGCCCACCAUGAUGGACAGUGGACACACUUUAUGAAUGUUACCCUCCAAACACUUUAGACAUCACAGGGUUCUACCAGCACAAAGGUUUGGUGAAGGACAAGGGACAUCUGAAAAGGUUUGGGACUUAAAGUUAAAUCUCCCACUUCCUCUUAGACCCAGCCAAUGGCCUUUUCUGUUGGGUUGCUGUAGCUGGAUUACAUCCAUGGACUCUAGCUCUCUGAGGGAUUGUUAACCAUUAUUGCUAAUCAGUGGGAAUGCAGUUGGUGUUUGUUUGUAUGUUUAUGUGUGUUCUUAUGCGUCAUAAUAAUCCAGGUUUUCGCCUGAAACAUUUCUUAAAAAGAUACUUUUGUACAUAGCUAUGUAAUUCAUUUUUGACGUGUAUACUUGAAUGUCGGUCUAUUGUUUGUUGACAUGUUCAUUUAGUCUACAUGCUCAUGUUGUUUAGGUAUCCAACCCGUCUUGUUCCUUAAGGCACUCUUCUCUUACGCUCUCCAAGAGUUGAAAUGCCAAAACGUGCCGUGCCAUAAUGCCUUUUUAUUCCUGCUAUUUUGGAAUCGAUAUCCUCUUUGAUAAAUGUACUGUUUGCCCCGCAAUAUCAAACGCAGUCUUGCUUCUACCUCACCUCAGACCAAUACGCAACGGGCACUUUAUUAAGGUGGAAGGCUUAUAAGAGAAAUGCAAGCUGAAAGCUUUACUAUAUUUUAAAAGGCUCUAGAGAAAUUGAGCUCUCCACGAACGCAAUACCUCAUUCAUAUUUUCCUGAUUCCUACCUAUGAUUAUUUUUCCAUUUUACUUCCUAAACUCAGUGUAUUUCAAUGGGGAGGAGACAACCCGCCCCAGUAUGAAUACAGUUGUUAAGAUGUCACGGAUGGUAAAUUCCGACAUCUUGUGAGGUGGUGGUGAUUGAUAGAAGGGUAUUCCUCAGGUCUAUAGAGGUAUGGGGAGGAGCCGCUACCAGCAUGGCGCCAGCAAAGACUGCUGUCAUUCUCCCCAGGAUUUCACCCUCUCUCUCCCCGGUGUGAGCAGGCCUCUGCCUGUGACAGCACAAAUGGAGCGAGAGAGCGAAAGAUCAAGAGAGAGAGAGAGAGAGAGAGAGAGAGAGAAGGGGGGGG